AUGUCAGGAUACGAGGUCGAACACAACAUCCCCUCCUCGACUCCCAAACCCGAGCAACCCCCCCGCCGCCCCGACCUCUCGACUUUCUUUUCGACGCUCGAGCUUGUCGACACCUCCGGCGAGCGCACGCCGCAGUUCAACGCGCAUGCGUUGCCUACGCCUGAGAAUGUCGCUGCGGCAUAUCGCCUCCUGGCCAAUGCGUUCGAGAUGAUGCGCGGUGGCGGAGGGGAGCAUCAAGACAGCUCGAACGACCUACUGAGCACGCUCGUACAAAGCCUGAUGCAGAGCGCCGAUGAUCCGCCGGAUAAGGUGCAGGGCGUGCCGGAUAGUUUCUUGGAUCAGCUGGAGAGGGUGCCGAAAGCGGCGUUGAGGGAGAAAGAUAGUUGUCCGAUUUGUGGGAAUCCGUUCCUCGAUGAUAAGUACCCGCUGGUUGUGGAACUUCCAUGUCAUAAAGACCACAGAUUCGACCUGGAGUGCAUACGGCCGUGGCUGAAGCUGAAUCCGACGUGUCCGCUCGAUCGGAAGGUGUUGCUGAAGAAGAAAGAGUCGCCGCCGCCGCAAGCACCGGACGAAGAUGAAGGAGAGUACGACGACAUGUACGCAUGA